GCGGGGGGCGCGGGGGCGCGGGGGCGGGUGCUGGAGCCAGGGCCGGGGGCUGCCUGGAGGGGCCCGGGCGGCACUGCCCAGCUGCAGGCCCCCGCCAUGGAGCCGGGCCGGGUAGAGAACCUGUCCGUGGUGUACCAGAGCCGGGACUUCCUGGUGGUGAACAAGCACUGGGACCUGCGCAUCGACAGCAGGAUGUGGCGCGAGACUCCCACCCUCCAGAAGCAGCUGCGCCACCACUUCCCGGAGUUAGCGGAUCCUGACACCUACUACGGCUUCAGGUUCUGCCACCAGCUGGACUUCUCCACCAGCGGGGCGCUCUGUGUGGCCUUGAACAAGGCGGCAGCGGGCAGCGCGUACAAGUGCUUCAAGGAGCGGCGUGUCACCAAGGCCUAUCUGGCUCUGCAGGUGCGGGGACACGUGCAGGAGAGCCGGAUGACCAUCAACUAUGCCAUCGGCAGGAACAGCACAGAGGGUCGGGCUCACACCAUGUGCAUUGAGGGCACAGAGGGCUGUGAGAACCCCAAACCGAGCCUGACAGAGCUGGUAGUCCUGGAACACGGGCUGUAUGCAGGCGAUCCCGUCUCCAAAGUGCUGCUGCAGCCACUCACAGGCCGGACGCACCAGCUGCGUGUGCAUUGCAGUGCCCUCAGCCAUCCUGUCGUGGGGGACCUGACCUAUGGGCAGGCGUCGGACCAAGAAGACCAGCCCUUCCGCAUGAUGUUGCACGCCUUUUAUCUGCGUAUCCCCACCCACAGCGAGUGUGUGGAAGCCUGCACACCAGAUCCCUUCGUGCCGGCACUCGAUGCCUGCUGGAGCCCCCACACCCUGGUGCAGUCACUGGACCAGCUCGUCCAGGUCCUGAGGGCUGCUCCUGAUCCUGAUCCCACAGAAGGGUGCCCUGUGCCUUGCAGCACUCCCACACCCCCCAGCAAGCCCCCUGAGACAGAGGCGCAACAGGCCUCCUGCCUGCAGUGGCUGUCAGAGUGGACACUGGAGCCUGACCACUGAGGGCAGCAGGCUGAGUGGGAGUGGCAGACUGGGACCCCUAUGGGGAUGGGGGCUGCAGGGGAGAGCCCUAGGCCCAUCCUGAGGCGGGGGUGUCCCUGCGUAUGUGACCUCCUGGUGGAUGGGGCCUGAGGACCCAGCUACGGCAACCAGGCCUGGAGAGAGGCGGACGAGGCCAGCAGGGGGAGCCAGGCCACCAUGAUUGUAGAGGAUGGGACCUCUCUCUAAGCACACCUGCUUCCCCCUCUGGGGGAAACUGAGACCUGCCUUCCUGACUCCAAAGCUUCAUCCCUAGGGGCUUGUUUUGUAGAUUUGCCCAGGGUCACCCUGUAACAGACAGAGCCGACACUUGGGCCAGCAUCAGGUUGGGGUCCUCUUGGCUCCUGGCUGGGCCUCAGAGCACCCUGCUCCUCAUUGCUCUUCUUGGACCUUCUGUGUUGGUCAGCCUGCCCUGGCUGGGUCGUCUCCACCUGCGGACCCUGACUGAUCCUGCCCAGCCGGUACUGCCUCGUGCCUUUGCUUUACCCGGCUCCACUGUGGGCUUCCUCUCCAUCCACACACAACUGGGGGGGGCGGGUCUGAGCCACACCCCUUGGUCUUCUCACGGUGCCUGGGCAGCCACGGCCUCAGACUUCAGCUUGGGAGCUAGGCUGGCCAGCCCCCAUUUCUUCCAUCCCCAAACCACACCCACAUCAGCCUAGGUGUAGCUGAGCUCUGAGGACCCCGAAUAAAUACUCAGCGACUGACA